ACAUGGAGCGAAAGUUCCAUGCUGCUAUUAUGAUUGUGUAAUGAUGUCUGUACAGUAUCUUCGCCUGGCCGGUCGGCCUUUAAUACAAUCUCUUCCUCCGAGAGCACCUGGACUCGUUCGACGUUCGCACAUCGUAUGCCGAGGUGGCUCCGUGACGAGGGGAGAAUGGGGUGCGCAGGGUGUCGCAUUCAGGAGGUCCCUCUCGACCUCUUCUGUCUGCCGAUACAACUCGCAAGGGGCUCCUGAGGAGAGUUCCGAGGAGCUGUCGCCCUUUAAGAAGCAGCGUCGAACUAUGUUGUGGGAGGAGCAGCAGAGCGAGGACCCGCUUUAUCCUGAAAGCCAUCCUCGCCUGGAGCACACUCGCCAGCGGUACUCUGUACCCGAGUUCAUAGAGGCGUUCAAUGCUGCUGAGCAUAACGAGAUGGAGAAUGUCACCGUUUAUGGUCGUGUUCGGUCGAAGCGCGCCGCCGGAAAGUACCUGGUUUUCCUCGACAUUGUGAACGAAUUCGAGCGUCUGCAGGUCAUGGUCAACAAGGCAAAAUGUAUGGGGGACCAGGAAACGAGAAACCACAAAUUCGCCUUGUUUAGGAGCUUGAUAGAAGUGGGCGACCACAUAUCGAUUACUGGCUUCCCAACUCGUACCAAGGCUGGCCAGCUCACUAUUGCUGCCACGGCUCUUCCGGAGCUUCUCUCUCCAGCCAUGGAGCAAAUCCCUGAGAAGCUCACCGACCCCAAGACUCGCAUGCAGGAACGCCACGUUGACAUGCUGGUGAACCGUGAAGCCAUUGACGUGCUGAGGCUGCGUUCUGAGAUCACCAAGCACAUGCGCGAUCACUUCCACUCGAAGAAGUUCUUGGAGUUCCAAACCCCCAUCCUGGCUGAAAAUGCUGGCGGCGCCGUCGCUCGCCCCUUUGUCACUCAGGCCACUGAGUUCAAGGAUCGCGAUCUGGCUCUCCGCAUCGCACCCGAGCUGUGGCUCAAGCGACUGGUCAUUGGAGGCGUCGACAAAGUCUUUGAGAUUGGCCCUGCGUUCCGCAAUGAAGGCAUUGAUGGAACUCACAACCCAGAAUUCACCAUGUGCGAGUUCUACAGUGCCUACACCAACUUGGACGACCUGAUUCGGGAGACUGAGGACCUCUUGUACAGCAUGGCGGAGCAUUCCCAAAAGCUCAUCUCUACUCAACUCACCUCCCUACCGCCGAUUGAUCUUGAGAAAUUCGCGCGGCCAUACAAGCGUGUUGAGUUUGUCCCUGCCUUGGAGGAAGCUCUUGGGCUCCGCUUUCCGAAGCUCUCUACCGAGGGGGCUCUGGCUGAGCUCUUGGUUAUCCUCAAGCUUGCCGGCAUCAAGAUUCCUGGCGAGGUUCCCAACUCACUGUCCAAGCUUCUCGACCGACUUGCGGCAAUCUAUCUGGAGCCAAUGUCUUUCGAGCAACCUAUCCUCAUCAUGAACCACCCUGCCUGUAUGUCACCGCUGGCGAAGAGCUUCCUCUGCCCACGCACCUACCAGUUGGUAUCAGCGCGCGCAGAGCUGUUCAUUGGUGGCCGUGAGCUGGCCAACAUGUACGAAGAGGAGAACGAUCCUGAGGCUCAGAAGCAGAAGUUGCUUGACCACCGUAACCUCGUCAACAAGCCCGAUGGUGCCAUUGCCAUUGAGGCGCCGGAGGUUGACCCCGCGGCUGUUGAUGAAGGCAUCCAUCUUGUUGAGGAUGACGAAGGAGAGAGCGCACCUCUUGAUCAGAGCUUUGUCAAGGCCUUGGAUUAUGGCCUGCCGCCUACUGGUGGCUGGGGCUGCGGUGUUGAGAGGAUGGUGAUGCUCUUCUCGGGUGCAAACCGCAUCAGUGACUGCCUGAGUUUCGGCACGCUAAGGAAUGUUGUGGGAUUGUCAACGACCGAGGAGGCCAAGAAGCCUAGCACUGCCGCUGAGGACAACGCGGCCGAGAAGGCCGAAGCCUCUACUUGAAAGGAGCGUGUGUGGCUUGGGAGCAAGUCUUUCGGCACGACGACGAUGUAUGAUGGGAUGACAAGGACUUGUAUAAUAUUGUAGACGUGUCUAUACCCUAGAAGGACCACUGUAUUGAUAGGCAAGGCUUCAUUGAUAUUCCGAACAUAACCUUCACACAAAAUGGUACGAGUGGAUUAUCUUAUUCGUCGUCUUUCCAAUCAUGAA